AUGCGCAGGAAACUAGCGGAUGUCGGCUGUAAAUUGCACGAAGUGGAGGCUGACGGUAACUGCCUCUUCCGCGCCCUAGCAGACCAGCUCUAUGGAGACCAGCACCAGCACGAAGACGUUCGGGAGAAAAUCGUGAGUUACUUGGAGCAGCAUCGUGACGACUUUGAGCCGUUCAUGGAAGACGAGGAGAAGUUUGAGAAGUACUGCGCAAGAAUGCGGGAAGACGGCACGUGGGGCGGCAACCAGGAGUUGUACGCUGCUGCUCGGCUGUUUCAGGUGUACGUGGUCGUCCAUCAGGACCAACCGAGCGCACGUAUAAUGGUGAUCGAGUGCGACCGUCUCAGACCCACGCGGUUCGUUCACGUGGCCUACCACGGCGAGGAUCACUACGACAGCGUGCGAGCGCUAAAAGAUCCCGUGGAUCCCGACACUUUGCCGGUUUCAAUCGAGCUCGACUGCGACGGGUUUCGCACCGAGGACUUCGCUAAGGUACCGACGAGGUCGGUUCUUGCGCUUCAAUUCUGCAGCGAUGGCAGACGCAUGAUUCUGCGUCGAAAUCCACUAGCGAGGACCAGCCGGAAGAGCGGGUCGUUCCAAAGACGCGAGGUUGAUAUUCUGGUAAAGAGUCUCGGUGAACAGUUACAGAUGGCAGCUGGAACGGGCAAGACCCUAAGUAAGAAAGAGCAACGUCAAGUACGCAAGGCCGAGAAGGCUGCAAAAAGCGCUGCUCGCAAGGCAUCCGCGUCGAAAUAA